CCUCCCCCGCGUGACCCCACACGCCGGUGCCCAAGAUGGCGGCGCGCCGGGCGCUGCUGGCGGCGGGGCGGGCGGCGGGCGGGCGGCGCAGGGCCGCUACCGGGGCCGGGGCCGGGGCCGUUCCCGGGGCCGCUGCCGAGGCCGGGGCCGCUCCCGGGGCCGCGGCGGGGCGGAGCCGGCUCUACGAGCACGCGCGCGAGGGGCUGAGCGCGCGGCCGCAGCUCGACGUGACCGCGCUCAGCGAGCGCGACGUGGAGCGGCGCCGGGGGCCGCUAGGGGGCGCCGCGCUCCGCGAGAUCGUGCGGACUUGGUCGCGGCUGGGGAAGGUGCGCGAUGGCAUCGCCCGGCUGGAGGCGGAGAAGGGGCGCGUGGCCCAGGGGGUCCGCGAGAUCAUGGCUUCCCACGACAAGGCAGCGGCCAAGACGCACCCGGAGCUGGCCGCACUGCGGGAGCGGGGCCGGAGCCUCCGGGGGCAGCUCCGGGCACUCGAGGCCGAGGAAUCUGACCUGGAGCAGAGAUUCUACCUGGGGGCCCUGCAGCUGCCCAACAGAACCCACCCCGCUGUGCCCGUUGGGGACCAGAGCCAGGCCCGGCUGCUCGAGGUGGUUGGGGAGAAACCAGUGUUUGAUUUCAAGCCAAAGGGACACCUGGAGCUGGGGGAGGGGCUGGACAUCAUUCGGCAGAGGCGCCUGUCCCACGUGUCGGGCCAUCGCUCCUAUUACCUGUGCGGGGCUGGGGCCCUGCUCCAGCACGCCCUUGUCACCUUCACCCUGCAGAAGCUGCUCAGCAAGGGCUUCCUGCCCAUGACGGUGCCGGACCUGCUGCGAGGAGCCGUUUUUGAGGGCUGCGGGGUCCAGCCCAGCGCCACCCCCUCCCAAGUUUACACCAUCGACCCCGCACGCUUCGAGGACCUGUGCCUGGCCGGGACCUCGGAGGUGGGAAUUGCAGGGUAUUUCAUGGACCAUGCUGUGCGGCUGCAGGACCUGCCUGUCAGGGUCGUGUGCUCCAGCACCUGCUACCGUGCCGAGACCGACACGGGCCGCGAGCCCUGGGGGCUCUACCGAGUGCACCAGUUCACCAAGGUGGAGAUGUUCGGGGUGACGGCAGCCGAGCGCGGCACGGAGAGCGAGGAGCUGCUGGACGAGUUCCUGGGGCUCCAGAAGGAGAUUUUUUCAGAGCUGGGGCUCCAUUACCGUGUCCUGGACAUGCCCACGGAGGAGUUGGGGCUCCCCGCCUACCGCAAGUUCGACAUCGAGGCCUGGAUGCCUGGACGGGGCAAAUUUGGGGAGAUCUCCAGCGCUUCCAACUGCACUGAUUACCAGAGCCGGCGGCUGAACAUCAUGUACAGCGGGGAGGAGGGCCGCCUGAGCCACGCCCACACGGUGGGUGGGCCCCCAAAAACCCCGGGGGGGGGGGGGGGAGGGGGUCUCUAGGCCCCCCCUGACCCCACGCCCCCUCCUCAGGUGAACGGCACCGCCUGCGCCGUGUCCCGGAUGCUGAUCGCGCUCCUCGAGUGCAACCAGCUCCCGGAUGGCCGUGUGCGCGUGCCCCCCGUGCUGCAGCCGCUGGUGGGGCGGGAGGUGCUGGCCCGGCCCCCCGCCCCUCUCCUGCGCUACAUCGGCCCCAACCAGCCCGGGGGGGGCCCCCCAAAAUGGGGAGGGGGCCCUGAGGGGAGGGGGCCCCCCGGAGGAGGCAGGGCACGGAUGGUGCUGGGACAGCGAGGGACGGACGCAGGACAGGGGACACAGGAGGACACAGAGGACACAGGAAACUGUCACAGCCCGGGGUGUCCCCGAGGUGACAGAGCCCGGGAAUAAAACCUGAAAAUCUC